CAAAAACUGGCAUGGGUGCCCUGGGGAAGGUGGGGUGUCUGUGCCUUGCUGUGCUGGGACACAUUGCAGGCUGCUCCAGCUUGCCAAGAACCACAGAGGAGCCUCCUGCGGCUGCGGGGCUGCGGGCCAGGGCUCGCCCUUCCUCCAGAUCCCACCCUCCUCCUCCUCCCUGCCUGCUGUGCACAGAACCAGCCCCUCCGAGCAGAGAUAAUACCCAGUGAGCUGCCUCUCAUUUGUGAGCUGCCUCUCCACUUCCCCGAUCUCCUGGGAGCCCACAUCCCGUCUCAGGGCAUGUGAGAGCUGGCAGGGCCACACGUGUUUGUCCCCGCGGGUCACCGGCUGUAAAACCCGCCCAGGGCUGAGCAAACAGCGAACACCAGGGCAAUGUCCGAGCCCUGCCCCCUGCCCGGCUGAGCACGGCGACCUGGGGACACCGGCACGGCCCCUCAGACGUCACCUGUCCCUCUGUGUGUGGGUGAGGACAAGCAGGGACAUCUCCCGGGACAGCAGAGCAUCCCCUGCCAGGCCAUGGCAGCCCAGCCGGCCGGGGGCCAGAAGCCCCAGAAGCCCUUCCACAUCGUCACACCCGUCCUGGAGAGCCUGUCCCUCUCCAAGGCCGCGGGCACCAAGGUCUUCAUGAAGAUGGAGAACGUCCAGCCCUCGGGAUCCUUCAAGAUCCGGGGCAUCGGGCACCUGUGCCAGGCUGCUGCCAGGAAGGGCUGCCGCCACUUCGUCUGCUCCUCAGGAGGGAACGCGGGGCUGGCGGCGGCGCUGGCGGCGCGGGAGCUGGCGAUGCCCAUCACCGUGGUGGUGCCCAGCAGCAGCGGCCCCACCGCCGUGCACAAGCUGCAGGAACUGGGGGCCACUGUCGAGGUCUACGGCAAGGUGUGGGAUGAUGCCAACAGCAGAGCCCAGGAGCUGGCUAAGACAGAGGGCUGGGUCAUCAUCCCCCCCUUCGACCACCCCUUGGUGUGGGAGGGUCAUGCCAGCCUGGUCCGGGAGCUGAAGGACUCUCUGGAGGAGAAGCCAGGCGCCAUCGUGGUGGCGGUGGGUGGCGGGGGGCUGCUGGCCGGGGUGGUGGCCGGCCUGCAGCAGGUGGGCUGGCAGGAUGUCCCCGUCAUCGCCGCCGAGACGCUGGGCGCUCACAGCUUCCACGAGGCGCUCAAGGCCGGCCGGCUCGUCACCCUGCCCGACAUCACCAGCGUGGCCACCUGCCUGGGAGCCAAGACGGUGGCGGCGCGGGCGCUGGAAUGUGCCCGGGAGUGCCAGGUGAUCUCGCAGGUGGUGCAGGACGAGGAGGCCGUGAGGGCUGUGCAGCAGUUCCUGGAUGACGAGCGGGCGCUGGUGGAGCCGGCGUGCGGAGCCCCCCUGGCCGUGCUGUACUCGGGGCGGCUGCAGCGGCUGCAGAGCGAGGGGCGGCUGCCGAGCCCGCUGCGCCCCGUGCUGCUCGUGGUGUGCGGCGGCAGCAACAUCCACACGGGCCGGCUGCGGGCCCUGCAGAGCCAGCUGGGGCUGCAGUGACACCGGGCAGGGCGCGGCGUGCGGCAGAGCCCGCCUGGAGCGCUCGGCUCGCUUUCCUUCCCAAAGAACAGAAAUAAAGCUCGGGAACGCGGG